ACCCCACAAACACUUUCCCCCCUCACAAAAACUUCAACCCAACUCAAAAAAAUCCGGUGCAUAUAUACUCGUGGCAUCGUCUUCUUAUACAAAUUUCUGUCAUAUUCUUCAUAAAUCAAUCCCUUCUUUUUCACUUGUUUUUUUUCCGGUCAACUAACCCCCUCCGACAAAACUUGAUUCGAAUACUAUACAUUCAUAUCCCUCCUGUUGGACAACAUUCGAAUCAGAGGUUUGUGGUAAUAGUAGUAACUAGCAAGGGAAGUAGCAUUAGAAUCAGAGCUUUCUUUGCCUGUUUUCUACCUAUGUCUUCUAGAAAACGCCGCUUAGAUAAUACUUCAUUGGUGUUGGAGCCUCGGAAACACACAGUCACUUCUACUCGGGUGGAUAUAGCAAUUCCUAGAGCAAAAGAUAGAAGGGUUAGACCUUGUUUUCUUUCGAAGAAAGCUAAAAGGUUAUUGCUGCAUCUUAGUGAACUCGAGUUUAGGAAAGCUUUCUUACUCUUCAGUUACAUAGGGAGGAAUAAUAUUGUAGACAUUAUGUCUUUCGAGGACGCUGUUGAACUUGUAAGUUUAACUGAUCUGCCUAUGGAAACGUUUGAAGAAUACCUUUGGAGUAAGUAUGGUCGGCGCUAUCUCGGAGAGGAGUCACUAGACAGGAUAAAUCAUCAUGAUUGGGACUCUAGGAGAACAAAUUUAUUUUACUGUUAUGUUUACCAGGAUGGAACUUACAGUUUUAAGGGUCCAUAUCUGGACACAACAAGAACUCACUUACAGAGAGCAUUGGGAGAUGAAAAUAUAUUGAUUGUGAGAUUUCAUGACUGUGAUAUUAGCAUCAGUGACUACGAUGCAAUGUGUACGAAGAUUGCUGAAGAAGGAAUUCUUGUUGGAUGGAGGCUUUAUCGACACUUUGGUUUUAAAGAUGGGGGCAGAGAGGAAAAGAGGAAAAAUCCUUCUUUAUCUUCAGUGAAGUUCUAUUUUGUUUGGACAGAAUCUAUUGUUCCCUCUUAUACGAAUGAAGCCUAUAUACUCGAAAAUAGAACCAUUCAAGAGGCUAGGAGUCUUUUUAUGCAUAUACAUAUGACGCCUAGUAUGGCCAAAUAUGCCUCGAGGUUUUCACUGAUUUUGUCGAAGACUAUAAAGCUUCAAGUGGAUCUUGAUUCAGUGCUUAUCGAAGUGAUUGAAGACAUCCCUUGCUGUGAUCAAAAUGGCUGUCAUGUUUACGAAGAUGGAGAACGUCUAAUCCACACCGAUGGAACUGGUUAUAUAGCAGAAGAUUUGGCAAUGAAAUGUCCUAAAGAUAUUUUCAAAGCUAAAUAUAUGAAGGAUCAACAAUUCGAAAUUAAGAAAAGUGCUCAGAGCAAGUAUCAUGUUCGAGAACCGCCUUUGUUGAUCCAGUGCCGCUUAUUUAAAAAUGGCCUAGCAGUCAAGGGAACUCUUCUUGUCAACAAAAAGCUCAGAAGUGGAACAAUACAAAUUAGACGAUCAAUGAUUAAGGUUGAGGCUGAUUCCACACUUCCAACUGAAAAGUGUUUUAACUCGUUGGAAGUAGUUGCAGUAAGUCAUAAACCUAAGAGAUGUACUCUGUCGAAGAAUUUAAUUGCACUCCUAAGCUUCGGUGGUGUUCCAGAAGAUUUCUUUCUUAAUUUAUUGCAGAAAGCACUUGAAGAAACUCGGAUCAUAUUAUUGGAAAGGAGCUCAGCUCUUAAAUUUCUGAUGAAGUUGAAAGAUAGAGAUAAUGUAGGUUUGAUGAGAAGAAUGCUUGUGUCUGGGAUUGCCCUUGAUGAACCAUGUCUUCAACAUUGUUUAACUCAUCUGGCGAGUGAAGAGAACAAGAGACUCCAGCGUGGAAAGCUUCCAAUUAGUGAGAGCUAUUAUUUGAUGGGCACAGCUGAUCCAACUGGAUUGCUAGAGAACGAUCAAGUUUGUGUCAUUUUAGGAGACGGUCAAGUUACUGGUGAUGUGUUGGUUUACCGUAAUCCAGGUCUGCACUUUGGGGAUAUACAUGUUCUAAAAGCUACAUAUCUAGAGUCCAUUGCAGAUUUUGUUGGAAAUGCCAAAUAUGCUAUAUUUUUCUCUGCCAAAGGCCUGAGACCAAUGGCAAAAGAAAUUGGCGAUGGUGAUCUGGAUGGAGAUAUGUACUGGGUCUCUAAAAACCCCAAGUUGUUAGGUUAUUUUCGAUCACAUCCACCAUGGAAACGUACCUUUCCAGCGGGGCCUCAUGUAUUACACAGCAAGGUUAUUGAGUUUUCUUCUGAGCAACUGGAGCAGGCACUAAUGCAACAGUACUUAAUCAUAAGGAGACAGAGCAACAAUAUUGCCGCGGCGGCUGAUAGCUGGCUGGCUUAUAUGGAUCGACUUCUGAUAUUGGGAGAUAAUAAUCCUUCUGAGACAGAGCAUAUGAAGAAAACAAUGCUUCACUUGAUUGAGAUAUACUACAAUGCCCUAGAUGCAGCUAAGAGUGGGAAAAAGGUGGAUUUUCCAAAUGAAUUGAAGGCUGAAUUGUAUCCCCAUCACAUGGAGAGGACCAACAUAUAUGCUUCUACUUCUGUUUUAGGACUAAUCUAUGAUGCAGUGCAGAGGAGACAAACUCAAUCAGUGUCGGUGGAAGAUACAUGGGAACGACGGAACUUCAAGGAAGCUAAAGUUCCUCAUGAAUGCCUGAAGUUGUGGAGAGAGAGAUACAAAAAGUACAAAGAAGAAUUGUACUACGCCGUGAAGUCUGAUGAAUUCCAAAGUGUAUCCGUCGAUAAUAUUAUACUGAAAUAUAAGCAGAUGUUGUAUGGUGCCGAAGAAUUGGAUCACAGUAAGCGAGAGAUGAACGAUAUCUACAAUGAUGCUCUUGCUAUUCAUAAUGUCGUUUAUGACUACGCGAAGAGUGUACGAGAUGCUGGGAAAUGCUUAUUUGCCUGGCAAGUUGCAGGGGACGCCUUGUGCAAGUUUUAUGGAAUGAAAGAAAAGUAAGAAUCAGGGUCUGUGCUCCUUCUGUUCCGCAUAGAUGCUGGAUAAGCCGCGGUUUAGUAUCCUCUUCGAUGUAAAUAUAAUAACGUUAAUGUUGUAAUGUAUGAUGAGCCUGUUAAUGUUGUAAUGUAUGAGCCAGUUUGUCCUAUAAGUAAAA